AUGGAGAUGGAUGGAGAAAGAUAUAGAGUUGCUGCUCAUGCAGAUCAGACUAGUAGGAGGAAAUUAGCACUUUUCCAGGUUCCUUUGUUACUAGGCACUGGGGAAGAAGAUACAGCCCUAACUAAGGCAACUGAAAGUGGCGAUACAUAUCUUGUUUAUCUUGUUCUCUUUCAUAUAUGCCAGAAGAGACCAACAUUGGAAUUAUUUGGAAUGAUACAAGCUAGACCUAUUUCGCACGAUCUAUUCAUACGAGACUCAAGAUAUCAUAUUUUGGCAUGGCUAGAAGCUUCGGAGGAAACGAGACUCAAGCAAAAGUAA